UCUUUCUAUCUCUCUCUCUCUCUCUCCUCUGCGAAGAAUCUCCACGACGACAGCUUCGAAGCAAAGGCAAAAGAAAAAAAAAAACAAAAAACCCUAGAAAGAGGGGGGAGAAAAAUCAGCAACCAGUUCGAUCCGUACUUCCUCUCCCUGUUCGAUCUUUUAACUUCGGUACGUUUCGAGUCAUCGAACACUUUCUCACGUUGACUUAAUUCGAGUGAUUAUUAGUUGAUAAACCGUAGAUUGCUUUUCUAAGUCGGGCUAGGGUUUGAGGAUUUGUCGAGUUAUUACAGUCAUGAGUUCAAGAGUAGUUGAUUCAAAUGCUGAAACAAGAUGUUGAGGUAAAACUGUUUGCCCAUAUCAAUCAGUGCGUCUGUGUUUGAACCAUGGCGGGAAAUGCAAGGUUUGAGUUAAAUUUGGGCAGCCAACAACCGGAAUUUGGAGAGAACUAUAUAAACAGACCAAGAGAAAACUACCCUGGCUCGAGUUUGGGUAGGUCUAGAAGCUUCCGAGAGGGUGGUGAGAACCGGAUGUGCAGUUCGGGGGUAGGUGCAGGCGGGGAGAGUGGGUUGCUAGCAGGGAGUUUACCUCCCCUGCCCCUGUGUCUGAUGCUAGAGCCCAUCACAAUGGGCGAUCAAAAGUAUCCAAGGACAGGUGAAUUAAGGAGGGUUCUAGGCUGUUCUGCAGGGACCGCGUCGGAAGAAAAUUAUUUUGGAGCUACUAAUCCGAGGCCUUCACCACUGGCCGUGGAGGACUUAAAGCGUUACAAAGAAAGUAUUAUAGACUCCAAUAAGAAAGCCAGGGGUAGAUCAAGAAAGUUGGAUGAACAUUUGCAGAAAUUGAACAAGUAUUUUGAAGUUGUGAACUGCAAAAAGCAGCAAAGUAAUGAGCAAUCAACGCAUGAACGAUCAGGUGGAUUGAACUUGAAGAUGGGAACCCAGAUCCAUAGAAACCCUCCAGAUCUUGUAACUGAAAAAGAAGAGGAUUGGGCUAAGAACGUUGUUCCUAAUAAGCGUGUACGCACGUCACUGGCAGAAACACGGGCAGAGUGCCGGAAUAAUGGAUUUGCGAGGCAGCCUUUGGUCAUGGCAAAAGAUCGUGAUAUGCUCAAGGAUAAUAAUGCUUCUGAUCUGGUUGAAGAAAAGAUUCGCAAGCUACCUACUGCAGGGGAAGGGUGGGACAAAAAAAUGAAAAGAAAACGUUCAGUGGGCCCAGCGGUUAUGAGACCUGUGGAUACUGAAGGACAAUCGAAAAGGUCUGUGUAUCAUAAGGGUAGCAAUGAAUCGGGCUUGCAAUCUUGUGAUGCUCGUAGUUUCAGAUCAGGUUCUUCUAAUGCCAUAAAUGGCAGUAACAAGUUAGAUGGCAAUCCUUUGCCUGCUGGUUCUUUUGCACGCACAAUGUUAAAGAAUGGACAGGAAAAGGCAAUUCUCAUGAGGGAUUUCACAGCUGGAUCGAAUAAGGAUAAAGUUCUUGCAAAGGGAAACAAUAAGUUACAUAUCUGUGAGGACAAUCAUAUUGUCAGUUCUAGUCCAGUGACAAAAGGAAAGGCAUCCAGGGCACCCCGGUGUGGCUCUGUAACUGUUGCCAAGUCAUCUCCAAGUACUCCCCGUGUCUCUGAGGCACCUGAGAACUGGGAACAGCCUCCAAGUGCUAGCAAAGUCCAUUCAAUUGGUGGGGCCGACAUUUGCAAGCGUGCGAUACCCUCAGCAUCAUCUUCUCCACCCAUGGCUCAAUGGGUUGGCCAGAGACCGCCAAAAAAUUCUCGCACCAGGAGAGCAAAUCUCGUGUCGCCGGUCUCAAACCAUGAUGACAGGCAGAUAUCGUCUGCUGGGUGUUCUCCUUCUGAUUUUAGUUCUGGAUUAAAUUCUAGUGGAAUGAAUGAUCAGCAUCCCUUCAGCAGUAUGGUUAAUGGCACCCAGCAGUUUAAAGUGAAACUUGAAAAUGGUCCACCCCCUGCCAGAUUUUCUGAGAGCGAAGAAUCUGGUGCUGGUGAAAACAGAUUGAAGGAGAAAGUUACGGUUAGUGACGUAAUGGAGGACAAGAUUGUUUGUGAUGCUCAGAAUGGUAGUCCUUCAGUAAUUCUUGCAAAGAAGAAUAAAUCUGUCAAUAAGGAUGAAUUUACCGCUGGUGUGAGGAGACAAGGGCGGGGUGGAAGGGCUUCAUCAUUUUCUACAUCUAAUAUUUCACCACUAAGGGAGAAGGUAGAGAGUGCAACCACCAUUAAGCCACUUCAAAGUACAAGGCCUGGAUCUGAUAAGCAUAGAGGUAAGGCAGGCCGUCCAGUAAAAAAGGUGUUCGAUCGCAAAGGCUUUUCCCGGCUUGGGAAUAUUCCGCAUGGUGGUUCCCCAGGUUUUACCGGGGAAUCAGAUGAUGAUCGGGAAGAACUCUUAGCAGCUGCCAAUUUUGCCCGCCAUGCUAGUUAUCACGCUUGCUCAAGUUCAUUCUGGAAGAAAGUGGAACCAAUUUUUGCUUCUGUCAGCUUACAGGACAGGUUGGACGUUUCAGGACAGGAUGAAAUUUCUGGAUCUGAAACAUUUGGCUCUGGUGGAAUAGAUAAAAGCCUGCAAAAUCAAAUUGAUUCAGAGGAGUCUGCUAAGAUCGUGGAGUUUAUUUAUAAAUUCCAAGAUUUUGAUCCUUUAUAUGGCAAAUUAGAGUCAGAAAGAAGAUUGAGCAAAGUUACCCCUCUGUACCAAAGAGUAUUAUCAGCUCUGAUUGUAGAAGAUGAAAUUGAAGAAGUUGAAGAAAACAGCAUAGAGAGAAAUAUGUCGCUUCAAUACGUUACAAAUGAUAUACAUCGUGAUGCAGAACCCAGGAAGAGAGGUAGAAUGGAAUUUGAACAUGGGUCAACAUUAGGUGCCCAAACUUGGAAACAAGGUACUGGAAACGGAUUUGUUUCUUGUAAUGGGAGUGACACCUCUAAUAGGAACACAUUUCUCCAGCAUCCUCCGCAGAAUGACCUGUUGCCAGAAGAGAGUGGAUGUGUGUAUUCAGAGGUUGGGGUGUUGGCUGGGCUCUCUGGUAAUGAUCUGGAUGGCCCACAAAUGGUCCUAACAAAUGGUUGUGGCAUAUCGUACUCCAAUAGCCAAUAUGAGAAGAUGUGUAUUGAAGAAAAGCUCUUGUUGGAGCUGCAGAGUAUUGGCCUAUGCCUGGACGCAGUGCCUGAUUUAGAUGAUAGAGAGGAGGAAGGGACUAAUGAAGAGAUUGUUCAGCUGAAGAAUGUACUUUACCAACAGAUCGGUAAAAAGAAGGUCUGCACGGAUAAAGUAUACAAAUCCUCUCCACAAGGAAAGGAGGCUGAAGCACGGGAACUUGAGCAGGUUGCAAUGGAUAGACUUGUGGAAUUGGCUUACAAAAAGAUUUUGGCCACUCGUGGAAGUAUUGCUUCUAAAUAUGGAAUUCCUAAGGUGUCGAAGCAUGUUGCUUUGGCUUUUGCAAAGAGGACUAUUGCGAGGUGUCAGGCAUUUGAAGAUUCAGGAACGAGUUGCUUUAGCGAACAGCCACUUAGGGAUGUACUAUUUGCUGCACCUCCUCUGGUCAAUGAAGCAGAACCUUCAACUUGUGAUGACCUUGGAGUUGGAUCCUUCAAUGGAACGGCCAAGCGGCAUGAACAUCACAGCGGUUCUUUAGAUGCAUUGGAAAAUUCCACCAAUCCAUCCAAUAAAGGUGGACGAAUAUCAAACAGAUGGAAGAAGAAAGAAGUAUUGCUUGAUGAUGUUGGUGACAAUUCAACCUUGAGACCCCCAUCAACUCUUGGUAGCACACUUUUGGGUGGAGUGAAGGGAAAGAGAAGUGAGAGAGAGAGGGACAAAGACAUGUCAAGCAGAAACACUGUUGCCACACCUGGCCAACCAUUCUGUAGGGGAAAAGCAAAAACAAAGCCCAAGCAGAAGACAGCUCAGCUAGCAACAUCACGAAACGGAUGCGGUAACAAUAUCACCAAAAUAGCACAUCCUGUGUAUCCCUCAGGGUCUAGUUCCGGUGAUUUGGUCGCUAAUGGUGGCAGCAAAAAAAGAGAGGUAGGGUUGAUGGGCCCCAGUGCCAUUCGUCAGGAUUCCCUUAAGGAGACAGAGGAACCCAUGGAUUUUAGAAAUUUGCAGCUGCCUGGAAUAGACUCAAUAGACGAACUAGGUGUUGGCAAUGACCUAGGAGGACCUCAAGAUCUCUUUUCUUGGUUGAACUUUGAUGAAGAUGGUUUACAAGACCAUGAUGAAGAGGGCCUUGCAAUACCUAUGGAUGACCUUUCGGCCUUGUUUUGAUGAUGACGCAGUCAUUGUACAGUCUUUUGGAAAAUCUAGACGAGAAGAAUUGUUUUCUAUCAUGUAUUUCAGCCCAAUUGGCACUUGUAAUUAUGUUCAUUCUUGUAUACUUUUCUACACAAGUCUCAGUGUUUAUGUGAUCCGGGUAAUUUGUUAGUAUGACUUACAAAUUCUUUCAA